UCCCAACCAUCGCCCCCCCCCUUGGAUCGAUAUCCUCGCUGCUUGCCCAAGCGUCGCCCCCUCGGUCUCUGGUCCACUUAAAUCCCUGUCGCCGUCCGCUCGCAUCUCGCUCCGCAACCGCCCCGACUCUUCCCUCCACGGUCCUCCAUCCGCCCUCGAAUGCCCAACCACGACGCCGAUUCCGAGGCAGCCCGGCCAAUGAUGCCCUCCUCCCAGUCUUCCGCAUCUCUCGCCCAGCCGAGCUCCAGUGCUGGCCUGACAACCGCCCCAGCCUCGUCGACAGAAAACUCCUCGCUGUUCUUCGAGGAGCACUUUACAGGCUACAUCGAGUUCCACCCGCCUCGCCGCUUCUCUGGUGCUCUGCCAUCCCUUCGCCGAGUCUACCUCAAGCACCAGGAAGAUGCUCGUUCGAGCCGCCAUCCGCUUCGGUUCACCGUCAAGGUGCUGAUUCCCGACUGCGUCCAUCUCUUUGGCGGGAUCCGGCCCGGCAGCAUCACCGGCACACUCGAGUCCUCGGUGGCCUUUCCGCAAUCGUUGACUGAUACCAAACCGGAGCUCUCAGUCGAGCCCAAAGUCGAGCCCAGGCCCGUCACCGGCUCCUCGUGGCCGGUGGCCCAGACCUGGCGAGCCGACGGCGGUCAGUUCAAGCUCUUUGUACCGGACCCGAGCCAUGCCGAGACCAGCCAGAUCAUCUACGACUGCCCGCUCUUUGGCCCCGACGACCCUGAGGCACCGACGACCGUCUCCAGCGUACCCCAGGGUGUCCCUCGGAAUGCCUCUCAGGGUCGUCGGCAGCUGCGUCUCCUCGGCACCAAAUGGAUCAACCAGCGUGGUAACAUGUACAGCCAAGCUUCGACGCUGUACUUUGACCUCAUCGACAUUGCCAGCAAUACCGUCAUUGGCAGGGGCAUUAUGGGCCCGUCCUUCUUGGGCACGAUCAAGACGAUCUACGACAUGACUUCCCCGGGCAAUUCUUGGAUCCGCUCGAUCUAUCUCAAGCUCGUCUAUCUCACUCUCUUUGUCAAGUCGCUUGCCCCGCACAUGAUCCCUCGCCUGCUUCCGCUCGAGUAUCCGGCACCAACCCAACCUGCCGCCACCUUUGCUGCCCGUCGUCGCUCGCCGACUGAGACGUGGUCGGUGAAUGCAGCCGUGGGGCCGGUUCUGUCACUUGUCCGUCACGGGCAGACCUCGGGUACCCCGAUUCUGCUGAUUGCCGACGUCAAGGCAACUGCCCGAAUCUUUGAUAGCCCCCAUCUCGAGAACAACCUGGUCGACCACUUCCUCAGCCAAGGUCACAGAGUCUACGUCCUCGACUUUGACAGCGCCGAGAAUCCACUGGCGUCCGUCUCCAGCGACACUCUCAGUCUCUCCAACACAGCCCUCCGGAUCGCCGCCGUUGUGUCCAGGGUGCGCGAGCUCGAAAACGGAGCCGAGAUUGCUCUGCUGGCACACGGGUACUCCAGCUCAGCCUCGUACCUGGGCCUGCUACAGGGCACGAUCGUCGGAGUCAAUCACUUUAUCAGCUCUGGCGGAGGCCUCGUUGCACUGCCCACAAUCGCGAACGACAUCAAGGGCUUCCUGCAGAUUCCCGAGAUCGUCACCUCGAUCGCCCCCCAUCCGGCACCCGCCGCAUCGGAUUCGUCCGAUGAUGCGUCAACUCUUAUCGGCACCAGCUACCGUCCAUCAACCCUCUGGCAAUAUCUUGUCGACUGUCUCCUCCGCUUCUUCCCCAUCGGCGGACUGCAGGAGCGGUGCCGCAGUGCUUGCUGUCACCGAGCUUCUGCCAUCUACGGCCGGCUGUGGAACCACGACAACAUCAGCGAGAUGAGCCACGAGCUUGUUCCUGAACUUGUUCAGCUGUCUCUGGAUUCCUCCGUCAUUUCGCUCGUUACUCAGAGCCAGAAUGUCACCAAGGCGUUUGGGUCUUCCGAGAUUCGCAAGCUCAUCGAGAACCGACUCCGUAUGCCCAUCAUCAUCAUCCACGGCAAGGACGAUAAAGUAUUCAGCUCCCUGAGCGCGCAAAGGGACUAUGACCUGCUGACCGAGGUCAACGGACUGAAUGGAUACUCACUCUGUAUCGUGCCGAGCUAUGGGCACUUUGAUCUGUGGAUGGGCAGUCGGUCGUUCAAGGAUGUCUACCCUCUGAUUCGCAUCUGACCGAGUCGUUCGGUUUCCAGGAGGAUUCCAACUUGUUGAUCCAAGGCCACGCCUUGGCUGAUGCACAGCCGACUCUUCAUCCGUUGCUGCCACCUCCAUUUCCAUCUCUGCUUUUCUUGUCCAGUCUUGCGCUGGCUGUAUGUACCUCAUAUUCUCUCUUUAGGGGCUCCGUUUCUCGUCCCCUCGGCUUCGCUCAGACGAUUGCCGACGCCACCAAUCUAUGCCACCGUUGUUGAGGACAGCGUUGGGGUUUGGUGACAUCACACGCAGCCCAGUUUCGCGCAUGGUUGCGCCUGCGAGUAUCAACUUUUCCUGCCCACUCUCUGGCCCAGCCCGGUCUGUCACGUUCCUCAUUGUAUACUAGGCAGAGUCCAAGAUGGACGAAUGCCAUUGAAAGCAUAGCA